AUGUCCCCCGCAGCAACCAAUGCCAACUUCACCUUAUCUGCAUAUGCCCAUACCAGCUGGCCAGACUUUAUCCGAAGUAUAUACAAACGGCGCCCCAGAACCCAGGAACUCUCGGGAGUCCUGGGGUAUUGUCUAGGUCUUGGUGCCACUGCCGAUACUUCGAGCUUUCGAUAUCAAAGUGAUCUGAAUGGUAAGGGGGCACUGAGGAGAAAGUGGCUGUUGAAGGAUCAUGAGGAAAUGCAGCCAUGGUGCAACCCUGUCUUCGCAGCCUGCGACUUAGGGUCACUUGACUUACUAGAGCAUCUGCGCCGAAUUGGGUAUGUUUUCGACGAAGCAACACCUGGACAGACAGACUCUUUCCUAUCCAUUGCUGCAAGGCACGGAUACGACGAGAUUUGUUCAUUUCUCAUUGAUAACGGGGCAAAGAUCAAUGUCAUGGACGAACACCAUUUUGAUAUGGAUAAUAAGUAUCCAUUACAUCACGCAUGUGGCACUCUCAGUACCGUCAAAAUGCUGCUUUCGAGGGGGGCGGAUCCUAACCUUCGCUAUGUACAUACACCUUUGUGCGAGGUGGUUGGUGAUGGUGUGUCCUCCACCGAUAUUCUUUCGACAUUGUUGGAUUGGGAAGCGGACCCAGCGGACCCAAACCUACCUUGCAAAGGCAACGGAGUUCUGUGCUGCCUCAUGUCUGCUUUCAAGUCCGACAAUGCUAAGGGACUAGAGUUGCUUUUGGACCACAAGCUUGAUUUGACCCUAUGGAAUCACAAGGAUGAAACGGUCCUUGAGAGCGCAGCUUCUCUAGGUGCAAUUCAAUGCAUCCGCGUCCUCCUCGACAGGAAGCUUGGCUACAACGUUGACGGUUCAAUUGGGGAAGUCUAUGACAGCAUGUUGAGAGCUGCAAUGUUUUCGAGAAGCGCGGAUCGGUACGAUACUCGAUUGAGGAACUGA